GCACAGAUUGCAACACAUAACCUCGCCGAAGUGUGUUCUUGCCAGUGCAUGGCAGCGCUUCAACCAGCAGCGGUCGGCUAACAAUUUUGCUCUUCGCGUCAAACGCGCAACGUAAACUCAGCGAAUUCCAGCGGUGCGGGCAGUGGCAGUGCACCGGACGACCGCAGGCGUGUGUGGCCGAAAUAUGCGUCGGGCGUCAACGGACAACCGUGCACCAUCAAUCGCGCUCGCAGCAUAGACAUUGCCAUCGUAGGCGAUUCGCAUCGCAUCGAUGCGUCUGGCGGUCGCUAGACGAUAGACACACGCGAUUACUCUCGACGGCGCGAGGCGUUCUUUAUUUGUUUUUGUGCACGCGCGCAGGAUGGCCGGGGUGUUUGACAUCGAGCUGCACGACGUCGUGCCCGCCGACGUCGACGACUCCGACGACGACGUGAUCGACGGCUACGAGGGCUACGACCAGAAUCCGAACGUGAACGAGAUUCUCGAGUCCGAUGAGAACCUUGAAACCACAGAGCUCACAGAGCAGAUUGUGAAUCCUGGCCAGGAGAAAACCAGCCCCAUGGACUUUGAAUUGCGCAAAGUGCUUGGAAAAGGCGGUUAUGGUAAAGUUUUCCAAGUUAGGAAGGUCACUGGCAAGGACAAGGGGACUAUCUUUGCCAUGAAGGUGCUUAGGAAGGCGUCGAUUGUCCGAAAUCAGAAGGACACUGCACACACUAAGGCUGAACGAAAUAUUUUAGAAGAAGUUAAGCAUCCAUUUAUAGUGGAUUUAAUUUAUGCUUUCCAAACUGGUGGCAAAUUGUAUUUGAUACUUGAGUAUCUCAGUGGGGGUGAGCUGUUUAUGCAUUUGGAAAGAGAAGGCAUCUUUUUAGAAGAUACGGCAUGCUUUUACUUAUCAGAAAUCAUCCUCGCCCUGGAGCAUUUACACCUGCAGGGCAUCAUCUACAGAGACUUGAAGCCUGAGAAUAUCCUGCUCGACGCGCAGGGCCACGUGAAACUCACCGAUUUCGGUCUGUGCAAGGAGCACAUUCAGGAAGGCAUCGUCACGCACACGUUUUGCGGCACCAUUGAGUACAUGGCGCCCGAGAUACUCACGCGCAGCGGCCAUGGCAAAGAGGUAGACUGGUGGUCGCUGGGUGCACUCACUUAUGACAUGCUCACUGGUGCACCACCAUUCACCGCCGAAAAUCGUAAGAAGACUAUCGAGAAGAUCCUAAAAGGUAAAUUAAUCCUACCGCCAUAUUUAACUUCGGACGCACGCGACCUGGUGCGCAAACUGCUCAAACGACAAGUCGGCGCGCGUCUGGGUGCGCAACCACACGACUCUCUGGAAGUGAAGCAACAUCAGUUCUUCAAGCAUAUCAAUUGGGAUGACGUGCUCAAACGUAAACUUGAACCGCCAUUUAAGCCUUGUUUGACGAGUGAAGAUGAUGUCUCGCAGUUUGACACGAAAUUCACCCGCCAAACACCCGUAGAUUCACCGGAUGAGUCGACGCUUAGCGAAAGCGCCAACAUGAUAUUUCAGGGCUUCACCUACAUAGCUCCGUCGGUGUUGGAGGACAUGUACAAGUCGCAGAUUGUCAAAUCGCGCUCGCCGCGCAAGAACCACCCGACGCCGCUGCGCCACCAUUUUGGUUUGGGGAUGGGCGGCGUGAUGGGCUCCAGCUUGCAGUAUCGCACACAUCCGCAGCACCAGCAGGCGCCCACACACCACUACCACCAUCCGUCCUACCAGCAGCAGCAGCAGCAACAGCAGCCGGGCGUGGCGCCCUUCCUACCCAAUCACCACCUGCAUCCGCACGCGCAGGCGCCGCAGCAGGCUGACGAGAUGAUGGAAGUAAGCUCAGGUCUACCUCACACUUAAAGUUAGUUCAAUUUCAUUUUGCUACCACAGACACGACUAAACGAAACUAAAAACAAACAAAAAAUCGGACUACGUGUAAAUCGUAACAACAGUACGUUUAGCGGAGAAAAAUUUAAAUUUCUAUAUGAAUAUUAUAUUAUAUAAAUGAGAAAAGUAACAAAACAAAAAGUAAUAAUACUAAAGCGCGCAUCGCAUAUAGAUAUUUAUAUAUUCGACUCUUUUUUCGUCAUUCUUUUCUUCUUGGUUAAUGAUUAGAGGUUAGGUUUGUAGGUGUUUUUUUUUCUUUCUUGUAUCACUAACACGGGAUUUUCAAUAAUUUGUGUCACGACGCUGAAACGAAAACAAAUCAUAUGAUGGGUUAUGACUAUAGUAGAGCUGCAGGACGGAAUACCAAUAUAUAAAAUAUAGUAGUUAAUAUUUUUGUUACCAAAUAACGCAUACCAUAUUUGCAUGCCGAAGUCGCCAUAAUUCUACUGUUAUCUAAUUGUUUAAUGAUUAACGAUUUUGUUUUAAUGUUAUAUACGAAACUAUAGCUGAAUUUUAGUACACACACAGACACCGCAUGGCUAUAAAUCCGCAACGGACGCUAACAAAACAAAAAAAAGAAAUGAAUUUUUCGUGCCUGAAUCAAUCUCGGGCGCACUUUGACUAGCCUAAUUUGAUUUUGAAGAGAUGAAUGGAUUUCUACUCAAGGUGCUAAUUACGAAUCCAACCCUCCAACUCUGUCUAUAGGGUGUAGACGAAAACGCCGCCUCGCAAAAACGUUUUUGAUUCGGUUUCAAUAUGCUAGGAGUUUUUUUGGUAUGAGUUACCAGUAGCUUAAAAUGAAAGUGAAACUACAGUGCAAAAGCAAUAUUUAAUCGAAAUGUACAACAACCAAUAAUUAAUUGAUCAGUUGGUGUGUGUGAAUGCGUGUGGUGUGGCAGGGAGUGAUGAGAUUUAUGAUGAUGGUUUCUAUUUUUUAUUUUCUAAUUACUAAUGUAGAUAGUUUUGAGAUUUAUGUUAUAGAUAGUUCAAUUUUAUGUUUAUUCGAUUGCAAACGAUUGCAUUCACUGGCAGGCUUGCAGUGCUGUUUAUCAUAGUUAAUAGAACAAAUAGAUAAUUUUUUUUCUCUUCUCGAUCGUGUUCUGAUCCGCAGGGAUGAUGACACGGAGAAUACGGAGAUCACAGAGUUGCUCUGGCUGGUUUUUUCUUUUUGUUUUCUUUUUUUAUGAUUUCCAUUCGUGUUUUGGACUUUUGAUAAAGAUUUGAUGUUUUUUAUUUUGUUGACACUAAUUCGAGUGCAAUUCGUUUCGUUUUCAAAGACAUCUAAUCGCUUUUCAACGAAGAAUCAGAACACAUUAUAACUACUAACGCGUAAAUGAGUACGUUCUUUUGUAAAAUAUAAAAAGAAAUUGUAAGUAACAAGGCAACAAAACGACAUUUAUAUGACCGAUAUUUUGUAAUUAUUUAAAAAAUAAUAAAAAAUGAACUUAUGAUACUAUCGUA